CAAGAAGUGCGGCCGCACACAGAAACAGCAUUGGAUUGUGGGUAGUAUAUCUUGUCGUUUCCUUAAUUAGUUAUGGCUACAGUAGCAGAAGGGUAACCUUUUUUGAAAUCAUAGUUUUCUUUUACAAAUCUCUAGUUUAGAAGUACAGUUGUAUGUCAAGUCGCAUGAGUCCACAGCGCGUGUAUUUUUUAUCGACUCAUCCACUUGGAAGAACUACAGGUUGACUGCUUGAAAAGUUAUUACCAAAAUGAGUUUGAACGAGCACUCUUUGCAAGCUCUGUCAUGGAGAAAACUUUACUUGAGUCGAGCAAAGCUGAAGGCUACGAGCAGAACUUCAGCUCUCCUGUCGGGUUUCGCAAUGGUGAGUACCAGGACCCAGUCAUAUGGAUUGGAGCGGCUUCUGACAACCUUGACAAAAUGUAGUGUUAUGACGCACUAUUUCUUGACACUACACCUACUGGUUGGCUAUUCUACCAGCCUGGUCUCAUAGACGACGUAAUAUAGUAAACGUAAAUGAUUAUAGCUACUCAAAUUAGUGUGAUAUGCAGCCUGGUCUCAUAGACUAGACGUAAAUGUAAAUCUGGGACACUCUAAAUAGUAUGAUAUGUUACGUUUGGUAUGGGUUACAUAAGACAGAUGGUUACCUAAGGCAAAAAUGAAAGUAGGGUUGUUGGUCGGGGUGGCUGGUUGGGCGAAUAACGCGAGUUUGAAUCUUAUUACGGACAACUUUAGCAUUUUAGCCAAUUAGCAUUUUUUAAACUACUUAGUACUUUUAGCUACUUUGCAACUACGUAGCAUGUUAGCUAACCCUUCCCCUAAUCCAUUAACCUAACACCUAAACUUAACCCUAACCCCUAGCUUAGCUAACGUUAGCCACCUAGCUAACAUUGGCCACCUAUUCCAAUUUGUUGUGGUUAACGUUAGGUAGGUGGCUAACGUAAGCCACAACAAAUUGGAAUUCAUAACAUAUCAUACGUUUUACAAAUUCGUAAAACAUAUUAUACGAAUUGUAAUACGUAACAUAUCAUACGAAAUGGAUGAUGGACAGCCUCAAAUUAAUACAUACCAUACGAAACAUACACAUUUCUGUGUCCCGGAUUUACAUUUACUAUGUUACGUCUACUCCUGAGUCCAGGUUGUAGCAUCCUACCAGUAUUUGACUAUAAUGCUGGAUAAACCAAGACUGUUUUGAUUGAAAAUAACCAGUGGACAUAUUUAACGAUAUGCAUUAGGCCUACAAUUUAAUUUAUUUCUGUAUGAAACCGGUUACAUUGCAAUUUGUGACGCAUAGAUUUGCAUAUGCAUAGUUGAAUGCAUUCAAAUGUCUCUGCAAGUUUAAACCACUAUGCAAGGCCAGAUGCAAAUUAAGGAUGGCAUUAGUGAGUCCAAUCUAAACCUUAACCUACCAUAAAUAAACUGCAGCAAAUUAUACACAAGGCAAAUCUGACAGUCACUCACCCAACAGAAAGUUGGACCCAGUACAUUUGUCAGCUGGUCAUAGGGGCUAGGCUAAACUACAUUUGUACAUCUUCCUGUGCAGUCCUGCACCCGAUAGAGGGUUGCCAGGUGACGAUGCCUCCUGGCGGCCAUGUUGGAAGACCACCGCAUCAACAACAACCGCUGAGUGGCUACCCCAAGCUGCAUGAUAACGGUGCCUAAAACUACUUGAUUCAUCACCAUGGUACAUUUCUGUGCAGUAUUUGGCUGCUCUAACAAUGCAGGAAAGACAACAGGGAAAAAAAUAUUUGUACAGAUUACACGCUAUCAUGAAACACCAAGGAGAUAAGACUCUAGAACAGUCAUAAAAGCAAAGAAACCUUUUUGGCUGAUAUCCAGAGAGAGUGACAAUCAAAUAAAACUAAUUGGAGAGCUUACAACUGAAAAAAAAGGUAAUGUUCAUUUGAGAAUACAACACAGAAACACAGACUAAUCAGAGACAGAUUCCCUUCCCCUCUUUAUUGCAGGAUUGUGAUCUGUGAUUAGUCAACAUUGACACUAGUUCAUCUUGAAUAAUAGUUUUAAGUUAACAAGUUUAAACACUUCACUUCAAAGAAUCAAUACUUUAUUUAAUAUUAUUUCAAAGUGUACAAGUAAGCUAACUUGUAUGUAAAGGUUUAGACAUUUUAGUAACAAGUAGUUAGACUAUUAUUACAAAAGCAUAAUUUCAGGUGAACAAAAAAAGUAAAUACCAGAGGUAGCCAACCUCACGCCACUGAUCCCUAAUCGACUUGGUGAGCAGACUUCUAUUCCAGCCCAGCAAUAGCACACUUGAUUAUCGACUAAUUUGGUUUGAGAAAUUGAAUCAGUUGUGUUAGUGCUUGGCUGGAACAGAAGGGUUGGCCUGCUCCAGUUGUAAUAGGUUUAUACAUUGUGUGUGACUUUUUAAAACUAUUUUUAUUUACAACAUUUGCCAACAUAGGUACACAUAUAACACAUGGUAUACAAGGAUGUACCCUUAUUCUCUUGGGACAUUGGGCCAUUCAUUGGGACCUCUUCAUCUGCAUACAGGAUUUCACAGCUUGCUGUAUCUGAGGACAGAAAACAUCACAAAGAAACAGGCUUCAUUAUACUCAAAUUAGACAGCACUGAAUAUUAUUUUUCUAUAUCGCUCUGUCCACAUAGUUUUUCUCGCUAUGGCCUGGAACUGGAGAAUCUUUUCAUAAUGUCCUCCCACAACCGUACAUACCGUAUCCAGAGUAGCCUACUCUCUCCCUUCUUUGACAGCUGGCGCUGAUAAUCAUUUCACCCUCUUCCAUGCCAUGGCUGUUAGCUAGCUAGCUACAAAUGGCGUUCGUUUUUUAACUUUUUUUAUUUACAAUGAUAAAUACAGUGCAUUCGGAAAGUAUUCAGAGCCCUUGACUUUUUCCACAUUUUGUUACGUUACAGCCUUAUUCUAAAAUGGAUUAAAUUGUUUUUUCCCCCCUCAUCAAUCUACAGACAAUACCCCAUAAUGACAAAGCAAAAACUGGAAUAUGACAUUUACAUAAGUAAACGACCCUUUGAGUACAUUGUUGAAGCACCUUUGGCAGCGAUUACAGCCUUGAAUCUUUUGGGGUAUGACGCUACAAGCUUGGCACACCUGUAUUUGGGGAGUUUCUCCCAUUCUUUUCUGCAGAUCCUCUCAAGCUCUGUCAGGUUGGAUGGGGAGUGUCGCUGCACAGCUAUUUUCAGGUCUCUCCAGAGAUGUUUGAUCACGUUCAAGUCCGGGCUCUGACUGGGCCACUCAAGGACAUUCAGAGACUUGUCCCGAAGCCACUCCAGCGUUGUCUCGGCUGUGUGCUUAGGGUCGUUGUCCUGUUGGAAGGUGAACCUUAACCCCAAUCUGAGGACCUGAGUGCUCUGGAGCAGGUUUUCAUCAAGGAUCUCUCUGUACUUUGCUCCGUUCAUCUUUCCCUCGAUCCUGACUAAUCUCCCAGUCCCUGUUGCUGAAAAACAUCCCCACAGCAUGAUGCUGCCACCACCAUACUUCACCGUAGGGAUGGUGCCAGGUUUCUUCCAGACGUGACGCUUGGCUUUCAGGCCAUAUGGUUCAAUCUUGGUUUCAUCAGACCAGAGAAUCUUGUUUCUCAUGGUCUGAGAGUCUUUAGGUGCCUUUUGGCAAACUCCAAGCGGCUGUCAUGUGCCUUUUACUGAGGAGUCGCUUCCGUCUGGCCACUACUAAAAAGGGCUGAUUGGUGGAGUGCUGCAGAGAUUGUUGUCCUUCUGGAAGAUUCUCCCAUCUCCACAGAGGAACUCUGGAGCUCUGUCAGAGUGACCAUUGGGUUCUUUGUCACCUCCCUGACCAAGGCCCUUCUCCCCCGAUUGCUCAGUUUGGCCGGGCGGCCAGCUCUAGGAAGAGUCUUGGUGGUUCCAAAAUUCUUCCAUUUAAGAAUGAUGGAGGCCACUGUGUUCUUGGGGACCUUGAAUGCUGCAGAAAUGUUUUGGUACCCUUCCCCAGAUCUGUGCCUUGACACAAUCCUGUCUCUGAGCUCUACGGACAAUUCCUUUGACCUUAUGGCUUGGUUUUGGCUCUGACAUGCACUGUCAACGGUGGGAGCUUUUUAUAGACAGGUGUGUGCCUUUCCGAAUCAUGUCCAAUCAAAUGAAUUUACCACAUGUGGACUCCAAUCAAGUUGUAGAAACAUCUCAAAGAUGAUCAAUGGAAACAGGAUGCACCUGAGCUCAAUUUCGAGUCUCAUAGCAAACGGUCUGAAUACUUAUGUAAGUAAGCUAUUUCUGUUUUACAUUUUUAAUAAAUGUGCAAACAUUUCUAAACCUAUUUUCGCUUUGUCAUUAUGGGAUAUUGUGUGUAGAUUGAUGAGGGAAUAAUAUAAUCUUUUUUAGAAUAAGGCUGUAAAGUAACAGAAUGUGGAAAAAGUCAAGGGGUCUGAAUACUUUCCGAAUGCACUGUACAUCAAGAUAGCUAGCUAACUUCAUAUUAGCUAGCUAGCUAAGUGGUGAUAUUUAAUUCACUUAGCUAGCUAGCUAUUCAGUAUGUAAAGUUAGCUAUCUAACAGUGCAUAAUUGUUUAUAAUUUUCAAAAUAUAUUUACUUACUUGAAUAGGUUCUCCCACUGCCUCUGUUUUCUGGGUGCUUAGAAAAAAACGAAAUAAUGGGCAAUCUUUCCGAUUGUUUUUCGGUGGUAGCAAAACGCAGCCAGCCAUGUGGACGAUUGGGGGACACAGGGCAACAAAGUUCCACCAGACUGACUGGUCUACCAACAACGGCGCCUGGUGUGGUUGCUAGGUGAUUUGUGACACAACUGCAACCCCUCUAUAGAGAAAAAAACAUGGAAUUGUCACAUGCAGUGGUUGAGCUAUAAAUUACAUAAUUGUCUCUGUUCAAAUUGUUCUGAAUCAUCAUCCUGUUUGCACGUUGCUCUUUCGGUCAGCCUGUAACCGUGUGAAAAUGUGUGCCUAUUUCAGGUGGCUAUGGUGGAGGUGCAGCUGGAGCAAAAUCAUGUGUAUCCCCAAGGGCUGCUGAUAGCCUUCAGCGCCUGCACCACUGUCCUGGUGGCAGUGCACCUUUUCGCCCUGAUGAUCAGCACCUGCAUCCUGCCAAACCUGGAGGCCGUCAGCAACGUUCACAACUUGAACUCGAUCAACGAGUCACCCCAUGAGCGCAUGCACUGCUACAUUGAGCUGGCCUGGGCCUUCUCCACUGUCAUCGGCACCCUUCUCUUCCUGGCCGAGGUGGUUCUGCUGUGCUGGGUCAAGUUCCUGCCCCUCAGUCCCCCAAGUGAUAAAAAUAGCACCGUCAAUUCUGGUGAGGCGGCAGCCAUCGUCUCCACCGCCAUCAUGGUGCCGUUUGGACUGGUUUUUAUCGUGUUCGCUGUGCACUUCUACCGCUCUCUAGUCAGUCACAAAACUGACCGUCAGUUUCGGGAGCUGGAGGAGCUGUCCAAUAUCACCCGGCUGCAGAACCAGCUGGACCACAGGGCGGAGACGACCAGUCUGCAGCCCUCCUCCGUCCACUUCCCCUAAUGGGAGCACACACAAGGAAGGAGUUAGAGCAGUAGGCAGCUGGAAGAAAUCUAUAAUGAAACAUUUCAAAAGUAUCUAUUUGCAUGAGCACCAUGAGAAAGGAUACUUUAUAUAGUAAUAUAUCCUUUUUUCAGGUGUUUUGUAUUGGGAUUUGGACUCUGCUCUAGGCCUUUUUCUAUUUGUGUAAAUAGUUGGGGAGAGGUCAGAAGAAUUUGCUUUGUAUUGUUCACUAGUUUGGACUCAAGCCACUAUUUUGUUUACUUUGCUGCAUGUCUAUUGUCUGAAUGUGAGUGAGCACCUGUAUGAAAAUAUUUUUUACAUCUUCAUUACAUAGAAGAUGAUAUUUGUAGUUAUGUCACAUACACAUAACUACACUAAGUUUAGUCUAUGGUGGCUGGGGAACACCAAAAGUGUGGGAUGAACAUACUGUAAGAGAACAUUUUGUGAAGUAGCUAGAAUUAUUAAUUUAACAAAACGAUAACCAGCCAAUUUCCAUGAAAGGAAAACUGCUCAGGAGAGCAUAAUGUAGUAACGGCUGUAAUAGUGCUGGUGCAAGGGAAGAGCUGAAUUGAGAUUUUUAGUUAGUUGACCUUAAUCCAUUUGAUCAGGUCUGGAAUAUAUACCUUUUAUAUUUUAACAUUUUAAACUCCAUACAAUUGAUCAGAUUUGCUCCGAUGGUCAUUUGAUGAGUUAAUGUAUUUUAAGCACACAUACUGUUACAUGAUAGACAAAUACAAGUGUGGAAUUUGAAAUGUAUUUGUUUAUCCUUUCCUCUACAUUGUGGAAUUAUUAGACUGGUUGGUUGGGAUAUGGUUCCCAGUUCCUCAUGUCAGGCUGAAAUACCAUCCUCAACGUAAAGUACUUCCCUUAACAAUAUUGUAAAGCUCUGUUUGUUUUGUAUUCACGACAAAUCACAAGUAGCUACUUCUAGAGGAAAUACUUCACCAAACUAGAGGGCAAAUUAAUAAAUACAUUUUUAUGGAGGCAAAAUAUUCAGAUCUUUGUCUUCGACCUUUUAAUGUGAUCCAAGUGCACAUAUUUACUUUCAUCAAAUAAUGGCACAUGAUCUUCUGCUGUUUUUAUUAUUUAUGAGUCAAUUGUGAAGAAGUGUUAUUUCAUAUGGUCCACCAACCAAAGGACAUCCAGCCAACUUGACACAACUGUGGGAAGCAUU